GUCCGUUUUGAAUUUUGCGAUUGAAUUUUACAGAAGAGGAAAAAGCAAUACGGUACAACGUACCUGUAGGCUUUGGUGAAGAAGCAAGACCAUGGGAAAUUUCAGCUCCAUUCACGCUGCCAAAGGAAGAAGAUUCAUGAUAAGGCGAAAACCAAUACAGCUGGGUUCCCUGGACAGCCAUGGUGCAACCAUGUCGCAUGAAGGAUUAAAGACAGUAAGAGUAGACAACCGUUGUGAUUUCUCAAGCUAUUCAGAUCUCUGUAUUUGCGUCGUGACCUGGAACAUGAAUGGCCAGGUCACCUACAAAGAUAUGGCAGAGCUGGUUGGGAACAAUCGGAAGUUUGAUCUUUUGGUCGUAGGUCUGCAGGAGGUGCCCCGCAAAAAUAUUUCACGACUUUUACAGGCAGCGCUGCUUGACUCUCACAUCUUGUUGGGAAAAUCCAUCAUGCAAUCCAUACACCUCUAUGUGUUUGGGCUAAAGGACUCAGAUUUGUUCACCAAAGAAGUGAAGAUUGAUAAGAGUCCAGUAGGGGGCUUUGGAGGACUAAUUAGGAGAAAGAAAGGAGCGGUGGCAAUCCGCCUUAACUACAAAGGCAUUACGAUGGUGUUCAUCUCUUGCCAUCUCUCUGCUCAUGCUCAGAACGUGGAGAAGAGAAAUUCUGAAUUCAGAAACGUAUCUGAAUCUCUUUUCUCACAGAAACUGAACCCUUAUGCAAGACCUGCUCAAAUUACUGUUUGGUUGGGAGAUCUCAACUACAGGAUACAAGGGAUCGGCAACUAUCCCGCAAGAGAUCUCAUACACAAUGAUCUUCAAAGACUACUCACUAACAAUGACCAGCUCUGACAAGAGGCUGAGAGAGGACAGAUCUUCGAAGGUUAUAGCGAGGGCACAUUAACGUUUAAACCCACAUAUAAAUAUAACAUUGGAAGCAGCAAUUAUGAUACAAGUUACAAGGAGAGAAUGCCAUCGUGGACGGAUCGGAUUUUGUUCAAGACUCAAGACGCGGAGGAAAUCCAUGUAACGUUGCAUUCGUACGAAGCCAUGGACGACAUUCACAGUUCUGAUCACAAGCCUGUCAAAGCUCAUAUAUGUUUAAAGCUCAGCAAACCAUCAUAAUAACAUUCAUCUUUUUUGUGUUGCUUCAUUUGAUUUAUGUGUAUAUACUUAUUCGAGCCUCUUUUUCUUCUUUGUUUUAGUCGGAAGAAAGCAAUUUUCAAGCCCAAACAAAACCAGGCCCCCAAAAAGAAGAAAGAUUUUGUGGUAUGUACUUUGA